AUGAAGCUUCAGAGCGUUGCACUGCCCAGUCUCCAGAUCGCAGCUGCGGCCUUCUUUGCCGCCUCCGCCGAAGCCAAGGUGUACUGCGCCGACAACGCCGGCAAGAUUGUCGCCCGAGCCAGCUGCGAUGGCACUCAGCCAGCCAAUACAUUCUUCCUCGCCGAGCACGAGGGAGACGACCUCCAGGUCGGUGAUAUCAUCGCUGAGGACAAGGUUGACUCCUCUGACCCCGUCGCCCGCGACCUCGAGGGCUAUCCUGAAUACGGGCAAGUCAGCGGGGGCUUUGGGCGUCGGUCCCCUCAGCGCAAGUGUAACACCUCUAUUGGACACUGCGUCGUCAGCGGUGUUGGCAAAAGCGGUUCUCUUCCUAAGUUUGGUGACGAUCCUAAUGGCAAAGGGGGCGGUGGUAAGGGUGGGGGUAAGGGUGGGGGCGGGGGUAGGAGUGGUGGCGGGGGUAGGAGUGGUGGCGGGUAA